AUGGAUGCGCAGCAACAGCAGCAAUUGCUGCUGCUCGCCGAGGAAGCCGCAGCGCUCCCAUCGGUUCAGCAGCAGCAGCAACAGCAGCAGCAGCAGCAAAGACAGCCCGUAUCAAAGUUUUCUGUGCUAGUUGAGGCGGUUCUUGCUGCUAUAAAUGCACCUCAGACCAACAGCAACACGCAGCUGCUGCUGCAGUUGGUGGAUCUGUUGUCUACUGCCCUUGCCUUGCAGCAGCAGCAACAGCAGCAGCAGCAACAACAACAACAGCAGCAGAACAAGAAUCCGGCCUUGACUCCAGGGGAGAUGGAUGCUGUUUUUGCCGCAGUGGAGGCCAUCGCAAAACAGCAGCAGCUGCAGCAACUGCAGCAGCAAGAUCAGCAGACCGCAGCGCAGCAUCCCCCGGAGCAGCAGCGCGAGCUGUUGACUCGUGAGGAGUUCGCGUCUCUAGAGAAGCAGCAACAGCUACAGCAGCACCAGUUGCAGCUACAACAGCAGCACGAGCAGCAGCAAUUACAGCAGCAGCAGUUGCAACAUCAGCAGCUGCUGCUGCAGCAGCAACAGCGACAGCAGCAGCGGUCGCAGCAACAAGCGUCUGAGGCAUUGGAGUCACCUAGCUUAUCCGUAUCAUCGGCAGCGUCCGCGUCUUCAUCAGUAUCAGCAGCAGCAACAGCAGCAGCAUCCGCAGCGCCGUCAGCAGCAGCAGCAGCAGCAACAGCAGCAUCAGCAGCAGCAACAACAACACAGCAGCAGCAGCAGCAGCAAUACAGACCUCUACCGAUCCGCACAUUCCUUGAGGAUGUAUACAAGGGGCCCCUGCUGCCGCGACACACAGAGACAGCAUUAGCCUUUGGCAGCAGCAGCGAGAGCGACAGCGAAGAAAGAAGACAAAAAAAAAGAAAAAAAGAAAGAAGAGUUAAUGCUGCUGCUCCUGAUGCUCUAUGGCACCCACACUUCCAUCCACAUAAUCAGGUAUAUAAAUAA